CCGGCGGUUGCCAUGGUGAAGGGGGUUGGGUGCAGGUGGAGGCGGAGGCCGGGACCGUGCGGGGGGCAAUGGAGUCCCUCUGCGAGUACCUGAUGUAUUUUCCGGCCGGUCCGGUGCCGGAUUACCGGCGUUACCGCGGCCUGCCGCGCCGGGCCCAGGUCUACCUGGGCGAGACGGUGCGCUUCGUGCUGGUGGUGCGGCGCCGAGGGCAGGGCCGGGGCCUCGAGUCAGAGGACGACGACGACGAGGAGGAGGCGGUGGCGGCGGCGGCGGCGGGCCAGGCCCGGAGCCUGGACCCCCAGAACUGGAGGGAGCUGUCCACCUCCCUAUCGGCCCUGGCCAGUGUCUGCCCCGGGCUCCAGCAGCAUCAGGCCCCGCCGCCUCACCAGCCGCUCCUUCAGGAGGACACCAGGCCCGCACCCCCGGCUCUCGGCCUGGUCCUCGGGCACCCCGAGGACGGACACGGGCGGCAGCAGCAGCAGCAGCCGGAGGACGAGGAGGAGGUAGAGGCCGGUGGUUUCCGAGAGUGUCGCCCACUGCUCACCCACGGCGGCGGGGCGCCCGGUAGGGAGGGCGGCGGUGGAGGCCAGACUACAGUGGAGGAACCGAUAAUUCACAAUGAUGAAGUUAUCUUUCCGCUGUCGGUGGCCCUGGACAAGCUACCGGUUGGAACCAUAAAGGCAAAGAUCAUUGUGACGGUAUGGAAGAGAGACCAAGAGAAAGCUGAGGUGAGGGAACAUGGCUACCUGACUAUCCUGCAGAACCGCAACCCCUCCCAAAUCUUCCGGGAAGACCAGACCGGCUUUAAAGCUCAAGUGAGUACGUUGCUGACUGUGCUCCCACCUCCAACGGUGAAGUGUCGACAACUUAAUGUCUCGGGCAAACAGCUGACUGUUCUCAAAGUGUUAAACACCUCCUCGCAGGAGGAGCUGUCCAUUCGGGAUGUCCGGAUUUUGCCAAACUUCAAUGCUAGCUAUUUGCCCAUGAUGCCUGACGGCUCGGUGCUGCUGGUAGACAAUGUCUGCCACCAGUCAGGCGAUGUGUCUGUGGCGUCCUUCUGUAGGAUGAGCGGUAACUGCAGCCGCCUCCCGACCAAGCUCAGCGCCCUGGAGGAGCAGGCUUUUCUCUUCCAGAUGCAGGUGAACGAGAGACCGCAGCCAGACACCAAGGAGGGCCUGGAAGUGCCGCUGACUGCAGUAGUGUGCUGGUCUACAGCUAACCUGCCCCCGGACAACAAGAUCUACACACACUACAGGCUGCCGAACAUUCAGCUCAACCGCCCCAAGUUUGUGAUGAUGGCGUCGUGCGAGUCUCCCGUCCCCCUGUAUAAGCGCUUCACCGUCAAGUACACGCUGCUGAACAACCUGCAGGACUUCCUAGCUGUCCGGCUGGUGUGGACCCCAGACAGUGCCCUCAGCUUGCAGGCGGGGAAGAAGCUGUCGGAGGAGGAUGUACGUGCUGCUGAGACCACCGUCAACUCCGUGGUCUGCCACACGCCCCUCAACCACUUGGGCUACUGCAAGAAGGGUAGUUCAGUGACGUACAAAGUCGCGUUCCAGGUGCUGCGCACCGGGCUCUUCGAGCUGAGCCAGCAUAUGAAGUUGAAGUUACAGUUCACAGCGAGUGUGACAAACCCUCCUCCUGAGGCCCGGCCCGUUUCGCGGAGGAACAGCCCGAGCAGCCCCGCUGUGCGCGACCUUAUGGAACGUCACCAGGCCAGCCUGGGCCGCUCGCAGUCCUUCUCUCACCAGCAACCCUCACGGAGCACUCACCUCAUCAGGACUGGGAGCGUGAUGGAGCGCCGAGCGAUCACACCCCCCGUGGGCUCCCCCAUUGGCCGCCCCCUCUACCUCCCCUCGGAAAAGGCUGUGCUGUCCGUCGACAAGAUCGCCAAGCGAGAGUGCAAGGUGCUGGUGGUGGAGCCUGUCAAGUAGAGUGGGGGGGGAAGGGGGCGUUGGGGCUGCUGUUGCCCUGCCUCGAACAACACAGGACAGGGCGAGGCGUCUGGCUGCUCACUCACCCGGGGGUAAGCCCCGUUUUCACUUCAGUAAUCCUUCCUGCCAUGUUGGCGCUGGGCGGUCCAUCGGCUCCUCGCUUGUCGGACCGCAAGCCUGCGUGCGUGUCUCGUGUCUGACGAUCCCGCGCGAAGCGGUCAGUGAUGUCGGGGGGGUGGGGGUGCGGUGGUGCAGAACCGUGUCCCUCUGUAGAUCGGCAGUGCUCCAUCUUGCAAGCAGAACGGUUCAGCGUCGUGUUUCGGGGGGCAGCGUUCGAAAACUCAAACUCUGACCCUCCCUCACCUGCACAAAUGUUUGGGCUCAAUUCCAGCCAGCGCGCACACACGCACGCCCCCCCCCCAACACCACAAGGCUGUCAUUUCUCUGCCUGGCUCGCUACAUUUCGCUACGCACCGCACCGUCACACCCAGGCAGAGCCUUGAGCUGCCAGACUGUCCGGACUUGCAUCUCUUGGAUCUCGAUUCUUGUAUCACCGGCAACAGCUAGGAGCCCAGGAUCCGGGUAAUGGGACCUUGUCUAGCACAGUGCUCCCCCCUCCCUCAAUAAUACCGAGCUUCAAUCUGCGGGGGCUGCCUACUGUGGGUAUAGGUGGUGCCUGAGUGGCACUGCCACUCUUCUUGCAGCCCAUGCCAAUGCUCUAAGCGGCAUUCCCCACUCACACCUGGCAGCACUUACAUGGAAAGAAAUCUGCCAUCCUUCCCCAGUCUGGCCCAUGUUCAUAGAAACAUACCUAUUCCCUUCAUAAUUGUAUAAGAUAGAAGCAGAUUGUUUCCACUGGUGAGUGAAACUAGAACUGGGGGGGGGCAAUAGCCUCAAAAUAAGGGGGAACAGAUUUAGGACUGAGCUGAGGAGGAACUUCACCACCCAAAGGGUUGUGAAUCUGUGGAAUUCCCUGAGAAGCAGUGGAGAUUUCCUCAUUGAAUGCUUUUAAACCUAAGAUAGGUAAUUUGUAUGACCAGUAAAGGAAUUAGGAGUCAUGGUGAGAGGGAAGGUAAAUGGAGCUGAGUCCACGAAAAGUUUUGCCAUGACCCUUAAUGAUUGGCGGAGCAGGCUCGAGGGGUCA